GUGUGUGUGUGUAUAUGUAUAUAUGUAUGUAUGUAUGUGUAUAUAUAUAUAUAUACGCUAUGUUGCCAAAAGUAUUGGGACACCCCUCCAAAUCAUUGGAUUCAGGUGUUCCAAUUACCUCCAUGGCCACAGGUGUAUAAAAUCAAGCACCUAGACAUGCAGACUACUUCUAAAAAACAUUUGAGAAAGAAUGGGUCGCUUUCACGAGCUCAGUGGAUUCAAGUGUAGUACCAUGAUAGGUUGCCACCUGUGCAAUAAGACCAUCCAUGAAAUUUCCUUGCUACUAAAUAUUCCAUGGUCAACUGUUAGUGGUAUUAUAACAAAGUGGAAGCAACUGGGAACAACAGCAACUCAGCUACGAAGUGGUAGCCACAAAAAAUUACAGAGCGGGGUCAGUGUAUACUGAAGCACACAGUGUGCAGAAGUCACCAACUGUCUGCA